AUGGGUGACAAAUCUACCGCGGGCGUAAGGGUGCAGGACGAUGUCGACCGGUUCUCAAGCGGCGUUAUCGAGCCGAGUCAGUCCUCUCCACCCACCGUUCUACGGCAUGAGAGUUCGACACUCCUCGGCGAAGAGAGUCGCUCGAUUUCGCUUGCUCCGUCGGUUGGCGGCGGGGUGGGCUGGCCAUGCUAUCGUCAAGGGUCGUCGCGUGUGACAUCAUCAAGGGCGUCAAGCCCCGCCACCUGUUCAGAGGCAUGCUCGGUUAUGGGGUCAUUAGGACAGCUGGAGGAUAGUCUUUCCGAGUUUCGUGGGACUGGACCGCCACUGGCGACAAAGGGCACGCUUGAGGGCAGUGGCCUGGUGUUCAAACACGCCCUAUCCCGGAGGGGCACGAGACGAGGAUCGAGAUUCGGUGUAUCCAGAGAGAGUAGUUUAGGGUUAGGCGGCCCGAAGCUGAACUCAUCCAGAACAUCAAGGACUGCUGAACCGCCAGCCUACGGGAGAAUCCGACGGACUUAUGGUGCUCCUUCAAGCGACACACAGGCGGGCUCUGCGUAUGUAGCAUCAACUCGAGUGCCUGUUAUCUUCAGUCAAGUGGUUCCCUAUGCCUCAGGAUGGGAUGAAGCAGGAUAUGCAGAAUCUAAGAAAUUUAACCAUAGUCAUUCGUCUCUUUCCACUCGGUUUGUUAACCAGGUUCACCAGGAAACCGCUAGUGGCAUGUAUCCUCUCUGGUCCGCCGAUGUCGUCCUGCGGUUAUGUCUUUUGGGGGCCCUCUUCUUCAUCUUUGUAGGAGCGUGGCUAAUUUUUGAGGACGAGCAUCACGUCGAGUGCAAGCUGAAUUAUGCCGAGAAGACACCUCAAGAAGGAAGCUCGAGGUAUUUGCUGAAGGGAAUCUCUAGUGCAGACUGCACACGUGAUGUAGAUGAGCUGAAGGGAGAGGAAAUCAGUGUGUAUGCCGAGCUAGAACACUUUUACCAAAAUGAUGCCCAGAUAUUAUGGAGUCGGAAUGACCGCCAGCUUGCAGGCACCAUCUUCACUGAUCCUAGCGACGUUCGCGAUUGCGAACCCCUAGCAACUGCUGUGGUCGACAAUGUAACGAAAGUGCUUCAUCCGUGUGGCGCGCUUGCAUGGGGAGUUUUCACUGAUAAGUACCAGUUUUUGGAAGGAACACCUGAAGGCGAUAAUGAUCAGGUGCCAAUGAAGCCAAUUCCCUUGGACCAGUCACAAACAGUCGUCUUACAGCCGUGGCCAUGGCAGGACACGUACAAAAAUCCGCCGGCAAGUCACCGCGCCGCUGUGCUGGACAAAGUUUAUUUCUGGAUGAGCCCCGUCGACAAUGACGACGGAGACGACGCAUAUAAAACUCGCGAAGAAGCCCGGGCAGAGCUGCUCAUGGAUCGCCUUAACUACGAGGAGGCGGGAGAAAUGGUUGAGAAUGGUCAUUUCAUCCAGUGGAUGCAGACGGCAGCACUGGGCACCUUUCGCAAGCUCUACGGGAGGUUGGAGGGACCGCUCAGGUUACCUGUGUCUGCUCAUAUAACUGUUAUGUACGAUGUGUCGUCGUGGAAAGGGAAGAAGGCAAUUGUUCUAGUACAGAAAUCAAGGUUCGGGGGCCGCAGCCUCUUCUUAGGCAUAAUGUACCUGUCCCUCGGUUUUUUAUUGGCUAUGCUAGUUUUCUACAUGCUCUGGAAAAAAUGGCAGUACCGUAGGGAAGGCGAGGAAAUUCGAGAUCUUCGGUGGCAAACGAAGAGUCGCAGAAAGAAGAAAACAAAAUGA